AUGUCAGCGGAUCUUUUCGCAGAAUUUGGAGCCGACUCCCCCUCGGGUCAACAGCAGUCGCGGCCCGUCAACACGCAGGUGACUACCGCUCCACCUGCUCCGUCAGAAUUCAGCUUCUUCAACAGCCUGACCAACACCCCAAUCCCAGCAUCAUUGUCGCAGCAACCUCCGCCCGUGGACAACAAUGAGAACUUUGUUUCCAGCUGCAUUCAGGAAUCCACAGCUGAAGACAACGACGACUGGGGUGAUUUCGAGGGCGGCACAUCUACGGAACCCGCUCCUGCCGCCAAGCAAGAUCUGUUCGCAUUCACAUCGCCUCCGGUCCCCCAACCACCAUCGAAUGCCUGGACUGUGGGCUCAGUUACAAAUGACGCUUUUGUAUCCAAAUCGCAAUCGUCCUGCGAGCCGACACAGCAAACUUGGCAGCGAGCACCUAUUGUGAAGGCCAAGAAGUCUGCAGACCCAAGCGUACUGUUCGAUGCAGAGGAUGAUUUUGUUGAUGAUGACGACGAUUUUGGCGAUUUUGAGGGCGAACAGGAACAUAAAGCGCCUUCUACAGCACCUGUUGCAUCGUCCUCAGCACUUGUGGACCUGUUAGGGGAUAUGAGCAUAUCACAGUCUCGACCACCUGUCUCGAGGGGUGUAAAUACUGUCAACGCAAGUCAGAUUUUCGAGGACCAAAUGGCCACGAGUAAGAAAUCUAAGAUCGGAUUCGGUGCUUCUACUAGACCAGAACGACCGGUCCCAAAACCUGCACCACCAGCACAGAAAGAAGAUGACGGAUGGGAUGAAUUCGAUGAUUGGGAGGCUUCUAUUCCUACGAAAGCACCAAGCAAAUCCGGAACCAUGCAGUCGACCACGAGUGCUGCAUUACCCACUACACCAGCUCCAAUACUUUCCCCUACAAUACCAGAUCCACAGCCCAGUGAACUACCUCCUACUAACGUGCCGCCGCCCGGUAUGUUGUUAUCGCUUUUCCCUUCUCUAUUUGCGGAAGCAAAUGAGAAGUUGUUCAAGCCCAUGACAGCGCAACCCCUACCCAUGAGAAAUAAGUUACUGGCCGAGCCCACAACAAUCGCAUACCUUCAAGGCUACAUAAUCCUUGGGAAUGUUGCGGCACACAUCAUAGCUGGCCGUAAAUUGCGCUGGAAGCGAGACCAACACCUGUCCCAAGGCAUGCGAAUAGGCCCUGCGUCAUCACGAGCAACUUCCGGGAUGAAGUUGACAGGUAUCGACAAGGGCGAGAACAUGAAGGAAGAGCGAGAGGUCUCAGAUGUGGUGAGAAGUUGGAAAGAGCAGGUUGGGCGACUGCGACACGUCGUAUCCGGAGCAAAUCAGAUCAAAGCUGGUUCUUUGGAUCGUGGGCCAGACUUGCAAGAGACAAUGCCGGUAAAGACAUUGAAGCAGUCUGAAGGCGGCAUACCAGCGCGCCAAGCUUGUAUGCUAUGCGGGCUCAAACGGGAGGAAAGAGUGACGGCAGCCGAUAUGGCGACAGACGACAGCUUUGGCGAGUGGUGGAUAGACCAGGUCAACAUGCAUCGAGGCUCUCUACCGGAAGAAGCACCCUUCAACUCCUUCGCACAGUCACAGCACCUCUCCGAAUAUGCCCCGCUGGUCAAGACGAAAAGCACCUCGAGCCUGCUGAACUGGCGAACGGGGCCGCCGCCACCCAUCGACACGGCCAAGCGCCUGAGCAUCGAUGCAGGGCAGCUGGACCGCAUGGCAAGGUCGCCCAUCGUGUCCGAGCAUGAACACGGUCUGGGAUCCUCAGGCCUCCGUCGCAUCCGGCAACAGCCAGGCCCGAGACAGCUGCAGUCGACCCAACGAGCUGCUUCGCUGAACAUUUCCACGCCGCCAGUAUCGAGACAUCCUUCCGAGUCUGCGCCCACCGCCCCCGCAUCACCAACCUUUGCUUUUGGUGAGGAUCUCACUCGCUUUCCCUCCGAGUCUCUACAUUCGUUUUCUUUUGCGACGCAAUCAGAAGAGUUUAUACACAACCGCCAGAAUGUGCUGAAGCGGUCCAUCGAGUUUAUGCGCGACAGGCUGGGCUGGGCCGCGACAAAUCCUGGAAUAGCUAACGCCCAGGCAAAACUCAGCGGCGAUCAGGAGGUGCAGAGUAUGAUGGAGCUGCUUACAAGAGCAAACCUCAUAGGCCAAGACGGCACGGGAGCUCAUGGACUGGGUGCGCUAGGUCCCGUAACAGGGCCGGCGGACAUGUCUGGCGAGAACCCAUUCGAGAAGGGUUUCACAAUUGAUCGAUCAGCGAGCCCCGAGAGCAUGCUUGAGGCUGCGAGACCACCAGUACACAGAGUGACUACGACCGAUGUCAUCGACACCAGCAGUACACCAGAAGCUCGUCAAGAAGGAGUCUCACCAAGCACCGAAAUCGCCCCCAGCGCGUUGAGCACACGAGCAGCGGCAGCUUCUCCGCCUCCACCACCUUCGCAACCUGCACGCCCCCAAAGAGCUGCGCUCAAACGAACUCUGACCGAUGUUGCGCCUCUUACGAUCCAGAGCCAACUCCACGAUGCAUUGGCGCAGCCAUACCGGGUGGGAGACCAAGAGAAGAUCAGCGACCUCGUAUCACCUACCAUUAUCCCAACUCUGCCGCCGAGCUUUAGCAAUGCACCAGGGCCUCAUUCCGCGGGAUCAGCACCACAUGGACAUGGAAGCCGACACGCUCCAGCAGCACAAGCCAUCUUCACCACCGAAACAGAUACGCCAUGGACCAUUACAUCUGCAAACGACUUGGCAUGCCUUGUAUUCGGUGUGACGAGGGCUGAGGUUCGCAAGCUGGGGAUACUGGAAGUCGUGCGAGAAGACCGUAGAAAGUGGCUCGAAAGCAAGCUCAGAGAUCCCGAGGUUGGCUCUAAGAACGCACUGUCCGGAGCAUCUCCUGCAACUAACAACUUGAAAGUCGGCAGCGGCGUCACUGCACGGUUACUGAGCAAGGCUCCAUCGCGCGUGAUAGCCGCGAGGAAAGCACAGACAGACGAUGGCAGUGGAUCCUCGUACUAUAAUGCGAAGAAGACAGGCAAGCUGAAUCAUGAACAUAAGGGCUCAAGAGGUGUUUUACUUUGUGGAGAUGUCAUUCCGAUUCAGAAGCGUAAUGGCUCAACUGGUUCUGCCAGCUUGUGGGUCAAAGAGAAGCGGGGUAGUCUCAUCUGGGUGCUUGAAGAGAUUGCUGAAGAUGUCGUAUAUAUCACGGUCGACGAUGUAGGCUGCGUAUCCAAGGGCUGGGGCGCAACAGAAGCUGUCUUUGGAAGCGAUCGGUUACGGAGGGGAAUGGAUCUCAAGCGACUCAUACCAGGCAUACCACGACUCCGGGGAACAAACACUGGGGCGCUAGACUACGAGUCGAUCGACGAGUUUCGCAGCUACACCGCGCGGACUUCAAACAGCAUCAAUAUACCAGUGACCGUGGAGGCGAUGCCAGGCGAACCCACUUUCCGCAUCUCUAGUUUCCCACACAUCGCGGGCAUCAUCGUUCUAUCUUCCGACGAUCUCAAAAUCACAAGCUCCAAUUCCGUCUUUUCAUCAGCUCUGUUCGGACAACCACGACCCGAAGGUAUUCACGUGAGCAAGCUCAUACCCGCAUUUGACAAGAUACUGCAUGUCAUGACCGAUGAAGAUAAGAUCGAGCUGGUUGACGGAAUAGUCAUCCCCGAACACAGCUUCCGCCGUGCCCGUGCCCUGCUCGCAAUGCGGGAGGGUAGUGCAGAUGCGGCAGCCAUCUUCCUGCGACCAAGCGGAUUGCCAGCUCUACAUCGUGACGGCUCGGAAAUCAUGGUCGAUGUGCAGAUGCGAGUAGUGAAGAGCGAAAAGUCUCCUCGAUUCGAUGAGAAUGUCAUUGAAGAGGAAGAUGGAUCGUCCAAACCUACCAAGGGUCCAGAGCUGGUCUACGCUCUGUGGAUAACAUACUCCAGGCAGCUGCAUGCUGCAAACCAUGGUAUUGGUCCUGUGACUCCUCUUAUGUCGCGGCCACCUUCACCGCGCCAACCUGAACCAGGGCAGUCAAACUUCUCGGUACCCCAAGAACCUGAAUCGCACCAGUCGCAAGGAACGCCACCUGCAGUAUCACUCCUCACUCAGCAAAUACAGGAAGCUAUGCGACCUAACACUCCGCAAGAAACCCAAACAAAAGCUAUGGCACCGCCACCGGUCCCUGUGCAGGAAGAGCCACCCAAGAAGAAGACUAUCAACGACUUUGUAGUGUUAGAAGAUAUGGGCCAAGGCGCGUAUGGGCAAGUUAAGCUCUGUCGGUACAAAAAGGUCAGUAGCAAGAAAGUCGUGAUCAAGUAUGUCACAAAGCGGCGGAUUUUAGUCGACACAUGGACUCGAGACCGAAGGCUAGGAACUGUGCCGCUCGAGAUUCAUGUGCUAGACUAUCUCCGUCGCGACGGCUUCAAGCAUCCCAAUAUCGUAGAGAUGGCCGAUUUCUUUGAAGACGACAUCAACUAUUACAUUGAGAUGAUACCACACGGGCUGCCGGGUAUGGAUCUAUUCGACUAUAUUGAGCUGCGGGUCAACAUGGAAGAGAAAGAGUGCCGUAAGAUCUUUGUCCAAGUAGCAGAAGCAGUGCACCAUCUGCAUACGAAAGCGAAGGUCGUACACCGGGACAUCAAAGACGAGAACGUUGUCCUCGAUGGUGAAGGCAACAUCAAGCUCAUUGACUUCGGAAGCGCAGCAUAUAUCAAGAGUGGGCCGUUUGACGUCUUUGUCGGCACUAUUGACUACGCCGCCCCCGAAGUCCUAGCUGGAAAAGCUUAUCGCGGUAAAGAACAAGAUGUCUGGGCGCUCGGCAUACUCCUCUACACCAUCAUCUACAAAGAAAACCCGUUCUACUCUAUCGACGAAAUCAUGGAUCACGAUCUACGCGUACCAUGGGUCAUGUCGGAAGAGAGCAUCGAUCUUGUGCGGUUGAUGCUAGAUCGAGACGUGGAAAAGAGGAUUACGAUCAGUAUGGUACUUGAACAUCCUUGGUGUAAGGGUGCUGGUGCGGGUGCUGGUAGUGGGGUUGCUGGGGAAACCGCCUAA